AAAAGAAACGUCGCCAGUAAAUCGGGAAUAGGCCAUUCCGUGCUAUGGUGCUCGACCUCUGAAAUAUGGCUGGGCCAGUAUUUUCUUUUACGCGCGGGUACCAAAAAAAAAAAAUGCAGGCGAGGAAUGGAGCAGAACUGGCGGAAGACAGCAAAACAUGUUCAAACACGGGCCUUGUGAAAGGAGCAAGACGCGGCCUUAAAAGAUGCCUCCAGUGCAUAAUCCGACGGACUAAUUGCAAGAAAUCAGAAGGCAUUAACGAGCAUGAGGAAAAAGACAUUCUGCUGAGGGGACUUAAAGACGAAAAUCAAGAUGACAUUGUCCCUUUGGUUGAACAUUUAGAAUCAGCUUCCGAUGAUGAAAGCUCGACAUCCUCAUCAGAAGAGAGUAACUCUGAAAAUGGGAAUACAGGAUCUGAGGAGGAAACAGAUAAGGAAGAACCACGACCUUCUGCUUCAGGAGACCACAACUGUGAAGAUACAACAAUCCCAACAAGUCAGGCAGAUUCAGGUAUCGGUACUGAGCCGUUCUGCCCGAACUGCUCCAGCUCUCAUGCGAAUGAGAGCUGGGAACAAGUAACACCCAGAAAGAUACAGGAAUGCUUCCACUUGAAGUUGGAUGACGAAGGAAGCUUCCAAUGUACUGUGACUGGACUAAUGUUUGAGGUGACAGACAAGGUCCACAUCAGUUACUCCAUAUUGUCUUGGUGCAAACACGACACAUUUCUGCAGGGCAGUUGGAAAGUUUGCGGUCCGUUGUUUGACAUAAAGUGCAACAACCCAGCCUUGUUGAAGAGCAUCUUGUUCCCUCACUCCCUCUGCUUAACAGGUCACUCCUCUGAUUUGCAGUUCAAAAUAUUUCACGUCAAGGACAAGAAAAAUGAAAUCGAGCACUCGGUUGAUUUUUCACCAACGCAUGUUAAAUGGAACGUUAGCUCUCUCUCACCUGUGGGGCCAGUCUAUCAGAAUUCCACGGAAGAUGUACAGCACCAUGGCGUUGUCCUGAUUUAUAAGGUCGUCGACUGCCACCCAGGCUUGUUGUUUCGUGUGUAUAUGGCAGUCAAUAACGACUCCGUCAUUAAGGAUAUCAUUAAGGCUGAGAAACAUUCCAAAAAGAAAUCUGUUAAAAUCGAUAAGCCUACACCCUGCCUCAAGAAACUGACAUUAGGAAAAACAUACAGACUGCUCAGUGAAUCACAGGCUGACAUAAUUCCUGGGGAAAUUGAAUUCAUAGAUAUGGGAUCUCUCAAAAUCAAAAGUUAUUAUGAAGUGUAUCUGGAGCAUCCAGUAGACUUCGACCUGUCACUGAUACAGAUCGACUCGAGUGAGAAAAUAUGGACCUCGAAACUACGGGAAUGUGAUUGGACAAACAUUAACUGCAAUGACAAUCGCAAAGGGAGAGACGUUAACAAAAACAAAAAAAGAAAAUCCUCCAGUGACGAUUACGAGGAAAUGGGCAUUAGCAAACGAUCACGAAAGAAUGCAGAUGGAACGCUGUGCAAAAAGAAUAUCCUGACCGAAAAGCAAUUAAUGCAGCUAGCUCAGAAAAUGGACAAAAAUUGGCCAGUCUUUGCCAUCAGCUGCCUGGAUUUACAGUCCCAAGAUAUCGACCAGAUUAAAAAAGAGGAUGAAAUUGUCACGAUUCAAAUAUUUAAUAUGUUGAAGAAAUGGAAAAAUCUGGAACUGGACAACGCCACUCCUUCCAACCUCCUUUUCAAACUCCGAAAUGCGAAUAUUAGUCCCGAGGUCGCAGCUAUCCUAGAAGAUUUCGAUCAGAACACUGAAGACAAUAAUACUCCUUGCACUUGAAAGCAUGAACAUGGUAACACACGAAUAAACGAAGUUGAGAGAGGCCCUUUGCAAACCAUUUAUGUAGCCUCCGGCAAGUCGAUUGAUUCCACGUUGUUUACGGCUUCUGUUCUGCGGGUUCAAUUCAUCCAAUUUUGUAAAAUAGCAAAAAUCAAAAGGUUUGCAGGAUUUGAAUGUUGUACAGUAAAUGUCUAAGCUGUGAACCUAUGUAAUAUACACGCUACAGCCUUUAGCUUUGGAAAUUAUUUUUGUAUGAAAAAAGGAUGUCUUUCCUCCUUUAGAAAAGUAAAUCCGUUUAAAUCUUACAAAUAAUCAAGCACAAAUAAUUUAGGAUUCUAGAGCAUUAUAUGCUGAUUUGAAUUUUUUUAAUGUAAACAGAAUUUCAAUGUAAGACAAAACCAGAUUUUAAAAUGUAAAAUGUAGCAGUAAAUAGUGAGGAGGACGUUUUGAGUGACUGUGAAGAAAACUUUUUUUUUGCACUUUUCAAUAAAAUCACAA